GAUGCCCACCCCUGCCCCCUACACACAACAAAUCGUGUACCUACCAGUUGACACGAUGGAGGACGGAGAGUGGAACUCUGUGAUGGAGGUCAUCAACGCGGAUUUUCUUCGGAAGGUUAAAAAGCAAAAGCAGUUUGUCGCUGCUCCAAGUUUGGCAAACGUCAACCACGGUCCUCCUCUUUUGAUAUUGGGACAGACUUGUUAUAGAUUGGUCCCAAGUGGAGUUCUAGUUCCUUCUCCUUCUCCAACAACACCUCAUCCACCAACACCUUCUCCUCUUCUUCUGCCACCAAAAUCAAAAAAAAUCAAGACCAUGUCAAGACCUGAGGAGGGGCCCUACAUUAAGAAGCCUCCAAAUGCCUUCAUGAUAUUUGCGAAGGAACAUCGGUCCAUCGUCAAGGCCCAAUGUUUUAACAUUGACAGCGCCAGCGUCAAUAAAAUCCUGGGUCAGAUGUGGAAGUCACUGACGCCGGCCGAGCAGCACCUGUACUUCCAAGAGUCGGACCGCCUCAGCCGGAUCCACGCCGACAUGUACCCGGACUGGAACUCUAGGGACAACUACGGCAAAAAGAAAAAGAGAAAGUGGGGCCGUGCAGCCACCAGUUCAAAUAAUAUGACCAUUCCUGUACCCGAACUGGCACCGCCGCCUUUCAAGCCCAGGAACGAGGGACCCGGAGCAGCCCCAACCUCCAUUUUGGGACUGGCGGACUCUGCUUGGUCGUCCCCCUGCUCGGACGUGAGCCUCGAGGCGGACCCGAUGUCCGCCUUGUUCAAACAGCGGCAGGAUUUGGAGCCGGUCAACGCAGCUGAGCCGGCGCCGUCGUCCUCUUUUUGCCACACAGCGGACGUGGAAGAUCUAGAGAGACCUAAACACUGGACUCCGUGGAAUAUUCAAGGACCCGGAGCAGCCCAGACCUCCAUUUUGGGACUGGCAGACUCGGCUUGUUUGUCGUCCCCCUGCUCAGACGUGGGCCUCGAGGCGGACCUGAUGUCCGCCUUGUUGGAACAGCUGGAGGAUUUGGAGUCGGUCAACGCAGCUGAGCCGCCGGCCUCUUUUUGCCACACAGCGGACGUGGAAGAUCUCGAGAGACCUAAACACUGGACUCAGUGUAAUAUUCAAGGACCCGGAGCAGCCCCUACCUCCAUUUUGGGACUGGCGGACUCGGCUUGGUCGUCCCCCUGCUCGGACGUGAGCCUCGAGGCGGACCUGAUGUCCGCCUUGUUCGAACAGCUGGAGAAUUUGGAGCCGGUCAACGCAGCUGAGCCGCUGCCCUCUUUUUGCCACACAGCAGACGUGGAAGAUCUCGAGAGACCUAAACACUGGACUCCAUGGAAUAUUCAAGGACCCGGAGCAGCCCAGACCUCCAUUUUGGGACUGGCGGACUCGGCUUGGUCGUCCCCCUACCCAGACGUGGGCCUCGAGGCGGACCUGACGUCCGCCUUGUUCGAACAGUUGAAGGAUUUGGACCCGGUCAACGCAACUUAGCCGCUGCCGUCGUCCUCUUUUUGCCACACAGCAGACGUGGAAGAUCUUGAGAGACCUAAACACUGGACUCCAUGGAAUAUUCAAGGACCCGGAGCAGCCCCAACCUCCAUUUUGGGACUGGCGGACUCGGCUUGGUCGUCCCCCUACCCAGACGUGGGCCUCGAGGCGGACCUGACGUCCGCCUUGUUCGAACAGUUGAAGGAUUUGGACUCGGUCAACGCAACUUAGCCGCUGCCGUCGUCCUCUUUUUGCCACACAGCAGACGUGGAAGAUCUCGAGAGACCUAAACGCUGGAUGUACUCUAUGGAACAUUCAAGGAUAGGCUUUUAAUGUAUUCAAAAGUUUUUACAACCCGAUGUAUUUCAAAGUUAUUAAUUGCUUGUCUUUGGAUUGUUUUAUAUAUAAAAAAAUCAAUUAAUUAUAUGUUUGAACUUUUAUCAGAUGAAAAUACUCACUUAU